CAUCAGCAGGCGCGGCGCGAUAGGUCGUGCGGUGGAUACUCGUGCACACACCAACCCCGUGCUCGGUGCGCCCAGGUGUGCGUGUGUGUGUGUAUGUGCGUGUCGGUGGUCGUGCGUGCCUGAGCCCCCGUGUGCUUAGGCACCACCGAGAAAGAAGGGCUUCUUCUUGGUCCGUCCCGUUUCCAAAGGGGCUCCCGCCCGCCGUCGCGAUGGCGUCCGCUAAAAGAAAGCAGGACGAGAGGAAUCUGAAGACGCUGCGCGAGUUGGUCUCGCAACCGGGCAACAAGGAGUGCUUCGACUGCAACCAGCGCGGGCCGACCUACGUCAACAUGACAAUCGGUUCCUUCGUCUGCACCUCGUGCUCCGGUAUGCUACGAGGUUUGACCCCGCCGCAUAGAGUAAAAUCCAUUUCCAUGGCGACGUUUACUCAGGAGGAGAUAGACUUUAUAAAGGAACGCGGGAACGAGUACUGCAGGCGAAUAUGGCUGGGUCUGAUGAACUCCAAUUCCCCGCAGAAUUUCGACACCAAGGACGAGCAGAAGAUGAAGGACCUGAUGAGCGCGAAGUACGAGCUGAAGCGAUACUAUCUGGAUCCCUCGAUCGCGAAUCAGAACACGGUGACGCAACAGAAGUCGUCGCAGUUGUCCACGAGCAACAUUCCGAGAGUCCCGAACUCGGGAACGUCCACGACGCUGUCCGCGCCAUUCGCGCAGAAAUCGAGCAACGCGGAGCCGACGAACGCAAACAAUUUCCCGACGGAUUUCGUCGCCGACUUCAGUAAAGUUCCUGACCCGUUUAGUCCAGUGACGACGCCGGCCAAUCAGUUCGGUCACCAGCUGAUCGCACCCCAACCGUUCUUCGCAAACUUCGACAACAACCCGGUUUUCAAUAACUCGAAUAGUAUCGAAACGUCCGCAAUGUUUAAUCAGGUCGGUGGGAAUUCCACGAUGAGCAUGAACGGAGCGCACGCGCCACCCUCGGAAGACCGUUACGCGGCACUUAAAGACUUAGACUCGUUGAUGAAGCAAACGCAAUUGAAGGAAGAGACAACGGGAGGAACCUUAUCCGCGUGGAAUGCAAAUAAUUCGAAUGCACCGAACGCUAUGUGGAGCAUAGGCGUAAAUAAUCAAACGCACGUCAUUUCGAAUCCGUUCACGAGUGGAGAUCUGUGGCGUCCGUCUGCGAACGUAGUCAACAACAACAAUAAUACUCAAUCGAUCGAUAAUUCUUUGUGCAAUUCCGCAAAUCCGUUCAAAACGACUCAAUUUUCUGUAAAUAACGAUUCACAGUGGAUUGGUAUCGGCGCACCUAGUAACGGAGAUGUACUCCAAUUGAGUCAAUUCAUGACACCAUUAGCGAACAAAGUGUGGCAACCGACAGUCCCGGCCUAUCACGCGAAUCCAUUCAUGGUGAAUACGGGAAUAAGCAACAUGACAAGAAAUUCGAACAAUCCUUUCUUAUGAUUUAUGUACGUAUAAAUAAGCUUUUAACACACACAGAGUCACGAACAAACAAUGCGAAACUAAACAAAAAAAAAA